AGCCCGAAUAGCCACGGAGAUAGCCCAGGCUAAAGUACUAAACGAUGAGCACAAGAUAUGGAAGAAGAACACGCCCCUACUAUACGACGUAAUCAUGACUCACGCGCUGGCAUGGCCUACGCUCACAUGCUCAUGGCUACCUGAUAUUGUGAGGUCGCCAGAUACAAAUUACGAGGAACACCGGUUACUCCUGGGCACCCACACCUCCGGGCAGGAGCCGAACCAUAUAUUAAUAGCCUCGUUACGAAUGCCAAAGACCACCGUAGACGACACGCAGGAGAGCGAAGAAGGGGGAGGCGAGAAUAAUAAGAACACCAACGGACCUAAUGGGGGGCCUAAGUUUGACGCGGACAGGGGCGAGUAUGGGGGCUACGGGUGUAGCGCAGCCAGGAUAACCACCACGCAGAAGAUUAUACACAAGAAUGAAGUUCACAAGGCUAGUUACAUGCCGCAAAACCCCUGUUUGAUAGCUACGAAAGGACCGCAUCCCGAAGUAUUGAUCUUCGACUACACAAAGACCCCUCCCGAACCUCCCCGCCAGAUG